UCUUUUUACCUCGUGGUUAUGAUCCAUCUUUAAUUGUCUCCGAGUUUAUUGAUCUGUCAACAAUUAGAAUUAAAAAGAAAAGAUUAUUAAUAUUGUCAAAGAAAAAAAAAGCAAAUCAAUUGGAAACUAAAUUAACAAAGAAAGUGAACAUGUGAAUAAAACUAAUUCGAACACAAAGAAACUAAUUGAUUUAAUGAUUCUGAUCAAUUCUGUAUGAACUUUAUCUUUCACUCACAACUUAAUUGCCGAUAAUUUAACAAACUAUCAACCCUGAGGUAUUUGAUCAUCUAAUCAAAAUCAAUUAGAAUAACAAUCAACAUAUAAUUUCAUUUCGUCUCAACAAUUGACAAGUUAAUCAUUAGGAGAAUACAGAGGAAAUUAAAUCUUCUCUUUUUUUCCUUUGGUCUCUCAUCUCCUCCAUUACUGUACAACAUACGAUUCGAUGUAUAGUGAUGUUCACCUUCACGCUUUGAACUUAAGAUGGUCAAGAAAAAAGAUGGUAAAUUACGAUUUAAAUCAAAUGAAGCUCAAACCGUUCUGGUCAUUUCUGGAUACUUCAAUGAUGCUCGAGAGCUGAUAGAAGAUGGAAAAAAUGAUCAGCUGAUAAGUUUACUUGAUGAAGGAAGACUCGGUGUCAAUGAUGUUGGAGAGGCUGGAGGUAUGAGUCUUCUCAUGGUCGCUGCAGAAUCUGGUAACCUUAGAAUCGUCCAAGAACUUAUUCGAAGAGGAGCUGAUCUAAACUAUCAAGAUUUGGAUGAUUGGAAUACAUUAAUAACUGCAACAAAAGAAGGCAAUCUGGACAUUGUCACUGAAUUAGUCGAGGCCGGAGCUACUCUAGAUGCAACUGAUAUGGGAGGAUGGACACCAUUGUUAUGGGCUUCUUACAAAGGAUGUCUCGAUAUUGCAAAAGUAUUACUAAAAAAAGGAGCUUCAGCCAAUGUCUUUGAUAACAAUAAUAUGACUCCAUUGAUCUAUGCUAGUGGAAGAGGUUUUCUUGAGAUAACAUUAAUGCUACUUGCUCACGCAGCUAAACCUGAUACUCCUGAUAAGUAUGGAACCACACCUUUAAUAUGGACCUGUAGAAAAGGUCACAUUGAUAUUGCACAGAAACUUUUAAAGGCCGGAGCAACAGUCGAUGCAAUUGGAAUGUAUGGUUGGACUCCGUUACUUGUUGCAGUUCGUGGAAACUUUGAAAAUCUUGUUGAUUUGAUUAUAACAUUCAAGCCAAAUGCAAACGCCUGUGAUGCCGAUGGUUUAUCAGCACUUAUGAUUGCAAGCAAAGGCGGAAAUAUCAAUAUUGUCAAUGCUUUAUUAAGAAUCAAUUCUUAUGUUAAUCUAAGUGAUCGUAAUAGUGACACAAGUCUUAUUCACGCCUCUAAAUCUGGAUAUGUUUUAAUCGUUGAAGCUUUAAUUAAAGCUCAUGCAGAUGUAGACCAUCAGGGAGCUGACAAGAAAACCGCCUUAUAUUGGUCAGUGGAAAAGGGUCAUGUUGAAGUUGUUCGAGCUCUUCUCAAAGCAAAUGCAAACCUUGAGCUUGCGACUGAGGAUGGCGAUACACCUUUGUUGAAGGCAGUUCGUAGUCGUCGUUUACCAAUAGUUAAAAUGUUGAUUGAUAAGAAAGCUAAAGUUACUGCUUGUGAUAAGUUUGGAGAUACCGCUUUACACAUUUCGAUUCGUGCUCAAUCGAAAACGAUUGUUGAAUUUCUACUACGAAAUCCUCGAAAUUCACAGUUACUUUAUAAGCCAAAUAAACGAGGAGAGACCCCGUUCAUGCUUGAUAAUACCCACCAAAAACCAAUUCUACCAACACUUUUCGGUGCCACACCUUCAAGCCGUCGUGUCUUGGAAAAAGAGACUCAACUUGGUUAUGAUCUUUACUCUUCAGCUAUCGCUAAUUUACUUUCAGAACCUACACUCAAACUGCCAGUUUGUGUUGGACUAUUCGCUAAAUGGGGAAGCGGGAAGUCAUUUCUUAUUGGUAAAUUAAAAGAUGAUCUCAUUACUUUCACUCAAGAUUGGAACAUAAGUCCAACAUUCAGAUUUUCGUGGUCCUUAUUUUGUGCAAUCUUUAUGUUAUCAAUCGUUACUGGUGUUGGAACUCUUGUCGGAACCAAUGGAAGACAAUAUUUUUUCGGUAUAAUUACAGCGAUUGGUAUUUUCUUCUUGUGUUAUUGUAUAUUCGCAAUCGUUUAUUGUGGACAUUUACGUUACGAUUGGUCUAUCAGUUCAAAUAUACGAAGUCGCUCUGAUCGACUUAAACUUAUCAUUCAAGUUUGCUUUGGAAAUCCUCCCAUGUUAGAGGUUGAUCAAGUUUCAACAUUACCGGUUCGUUUCUUAUUCACUGAAGCACCAGUCAAAAUUUCAUCUGAUUAUGGUGUCUCACAAUUAAUCACUGCAAUUCUAAAUUCUUUGUGGCAAUCAAUGGAAAAUGAGCUUGGUUUUUUACCUGUUCAUCUAUACAAAGUCUUUCACCCUAAACAUGUCUCUGGCCUUACUUGGAGAUGGAGACGCAUUUGUAUGGUGCCUACAAUAUUUUUGAUUAUCUUGUCAUUUUUUACUUUGGCCAUUCUUUUAAUUCUUUAUUAUGUUGAUAAAACUGAGCCUUUUAAAUUACAUCCUGUUCUCAGUUAUGUUUUGGUGGCUAUCGCGAGUAUCACCGGAUCCUGGAUUGUUUCCAACUUCAUUAUACCUUUCAAAAUAAUCAGAGAACUUGUUUUUCAUUCGAAGAAAAAAACUCGUGAAGAGCUUAAAAAGGAUGUUCAACUUAUGCAAUCGUGUAUAAUGUGUUUAGAUUCAUUUAUUGGUAAAAGACAAAGUCGCCUGGUCAUUAUUUUGGAUGCAUUGGAAUCGAUUUAUGAAUCUGAUCGGUUGAUUACUUUUCUCGAGGGAAUCAACGAUUAUUUCAUCAAUUUUCAAGUUAUUAAUGCAAAUCGUUCAUUAUCACCACCCUUUGUUUGUAUCAUGACUUUGGAUCCUCAUCAUCAUGUAACAUCUAAAUCAAAGGAAUACUUAAAGACAAUUGUUCAUCUACCUUUCUACUUACAAAACUCUCAACUUCGAAAAGUUAAAAUUGCUCAAACCACCGUGUUGAAUAAGCCCGAUUAUCGAUCAUCGACUACAUCACUGGUCGAAGCGAUCGCUGCAGCACCAAUUCCUCAUCCUUCUAAAGGGUCAACUUCUGGAAUGAUAAGAUCAAAAUCAAAGAAAAUUUCUAAUUUAAAAGCAGCUGAUUCAGUAAUUAGUCUUAGUGGACACGGAGGAGAAUCCUUGACCAAAGUUCUGUUAACUGAUGAUUACUUUAGUGAUGUUAAUCCUAAAUCGAUGAGACGGAUUAUGAACAUUGUUUAUAUCCAAGGUCGUCUUUUAAAAGCAUUCAAUCUAGACUUCGAUUGGCAUCGACUCACUAUUUGGGUUAAUAUUACUGAACAAUGGCCCUUGCGUGCUUCCGCUUUGAUAGCUUAUUGGGACAUCACUGAAAAUAAAUUCAACGAUGAUUCAAUUCCAUUGAAAUCUUUGUAUGAUAAAGUUUCACCAAUUUUACCCCAAGAUCCUGUUCUAUUAUCUCGUGAUAAUGAUGAAAAGAAAUUGAAUAUUUUUCUUUCCUAUCACCAUAACUCAUUGACCCUUGGUGACCUUAAAACAUUUGCGCCUUUCACAAUCAAUUUAGAUCCUUAUCUGCGUAAAAAUUUAACCGAAGCUUGGACCGAUUCAAAUUCAAUUGCACAACUUGAUAGGCCGAUUCAGAACCCAAAUGCCGGUGACCGAAAGAUAUCAACUGGAACUCUACCACAGCCUAGUUCAUCUGGAAACAUUUCCCCACACAAACUGCAACUUAUGCAUUUAAGCGUCGACGGAGUCAUUGCAAUGUUAAAACAAAUCGAAGCCUUUGAUCAUUCACAAAUCGACAAAUAUGGUAAAGCCAUUCGAUGUAACAAUAUAAAUGGUCGCGUUCUAUCAAACUGCUCUUCCGAAGAUCUAAAUGACCUUAAAUUGGUUCUAGGUUUCUCCUUUGGAGAUUGGUUACUUUUUAAAAGUGUUCUUAUUGAUGGUCGUUUGCCGACACUUCCGCCUUCAGUCCAAAUUUCUGGAGCCACACCAACAUCAGGUUUACCACCAGGAAGUGAAUAUCAAUUGAUUGAAGGUCGACUUAAAAGUAAUUUAGAGAAACAAGUAACCAUGGAAGAGGCCGCACUCGCAAGUGCUGUUGUUAUGGAUUCCCCAAUUGAAGAGGAUAAUGAAGAUAAUGAUGAGGCACCGUCACCACAAGAGGUUGGAGUUCUUUACAUUGGUAACGCUGGAAUGAAUAAUCGACUCAGUCCUUCAAUAUCUUUUGGAGAUUCUGAUCUUUUAGGAAGCAUCAUAAGAACAAAUCACGCAAUUGAAAUUGAACCAGAGCCCAAUGAUACUACGCCAUUAGUAUCUCCCUCGAAACACAGUAUUUACUCAUCCAGUUCAUCAUCUUCAUCAUCUAGACGACAUCCUCUUGAACGUCAAGUCUUUCCAGAUACUAAUAUUAUUCAAGUCACAACAACAACAACAACAACUAAUAGUUAACUGAAACCGUAUUAAUGAUGAUGAAUCUCAAUCAACUAAUUAUUUAGAUACAAAAAUCCUCGUUACACUUUGAAUAACCGUUAACACAAAGAAAAGCACUGAUCUUAAAUUUUAAUCUAAUCAACAACAUGUUUUACAACAAUCAACAAAUCAUCAGAUUAUUUUUCAAUUGUCUAAAUAAUGGUUACAAUUAACCAUUCAAAUCUAAUCUCACCAAUUAUUAUUACUUUAUCAAUUCAAGACAAUGUAUUUUUUGUUCAUACGUAUUCAUUGUUAUAUUAAUCCAGUUGUCAUAUUUAUAUAAUUCAUAGGUAAAUGUUUUAUUUAUUAUUAUUGUUACAUGGAAAUGCUUAAUUAAUUAUUGUUUAAUUUAUCUGUUAAAUUUUUUCUAUACUUAAUUAAUUGUUUUAAUUAUGAUUAAUAUAUAAUGUGAAUCUUUUUUUUGCUUAAUCGUCUUUUUCUUUGCCGAUUGAGACGCUGUUUUGUUAUU